AUGCCGUCGCCGUCAAGCACCACGUCCUCCGAGGAAUCGGAGAUUAUCGCAAUGAUCGAAGAAAGAAGAUUCUUGUGGGACGUGAAGGAUAAAUGUUAUCAUCGUCGCGACGUGAAGGAAAGAGCCUACAGUGACAUUGCUCAAGCGAUGGGAACCAAGUUCACGGGCAUGUACAAAAGAAAUAAUCCCAAGUGCAUUCACACUGUCACAUCGCGCCCGUAUUUUCACGUCUUUAAAGCGUACAUUCAACGGGAGGCAAUCAAGAGCCGCUUCUCAAACCUGCGCUCCCAAUUCAACAGAGAACAUAAAAAAGUGAAGUGCUCCGAAAAAUCCGGGACAGGCACCGAGGAUGUGUACGUCCCAAGAUGGAUUCACUACAGGGAGAUGCUCUUCCUGCUGAGUGCAUGCCCCCAGCACGGCAGCGAGUCGAAUAUGGCUCCCCCAGGUGCAGAAUCAGAAUCUCCACCAGAAGAUGACGACAGCCCUUGGGGGCACCUGGAGGGCAGUGAGCCGGGCGAUCCCUUAAGUCUGGACCUGGAGGAUGAGGCCAGCAGCCAAGGGACAAGUCAGGGGACCAGCCAAAGGACCAGUCAGGGUGGCACUACCGGUAGCCCCCGUGGAUCCUGCAAUGAAGGGACGAGCACCAGACGGGGUGAUCAUCAAAGCCGGGCCCCAAAAAGAAAGCAGCCCGAGGACUGCAUGGCCGAGAAGAAACUGCUGCUGGAAACAGCUGUGCAGACAUUAAAUAAGAGCUGCGCGGCAGCAGCAGCCAGAGACGAGUGCGACGACUUUGGCGUGUCGAUCGCCCACGCACUCCGUCACGUGCCACAAGGCCCUCACAGGCAGAUGGCAGGCUUGCUGGCAUAUGAGGCUGUUGUAAAGUACAACCUCAACCUCAACACUAGCCCAGAAAUUGUACAGGUGGCACCUGAAUAA